AUGAAGAUUCAGAUGACGAAGAUUCAGAUAACGAAGAUCCUCCUACUGGAUUAUGUAGUCACAGAUUCAUUCGUGUCUAGUGAUUACGACAGCACAGAUGAACUCCCUUUGUCUGAGCUGUUAGAAAUGCAGCUACUAAAAUCUUGUGACACUAAUGAGGGUCAGAAGAGUGAGGAAACUGAUAUAAAGGGCACGAAAAAUGAAAAUGUCGAACAGGGGGAUGAAGGUCAAGAUCAGAAUAACGAGGAAACUGAUACGAAGAGCACGGAAAAUGAAAAUGUCGAAACUGGGGAUGAGUGUCAAGAUCAGAAGAACGAGGAAACUGAUAUAGAGAGCACGGUAAAUGAAAAUGUCGAAAAGGGGGAUGAGUGUCAAGAUCAGAAGAACGAGGAAACUGAUAUAAAGAGCACGGAAAAUGAAAAUGUCGAAAAGGGGGAUGAGUGUCAGGAUCAGAAGAACGAGGAAACUGAUAUAAAGAGCACGAAAAAAGAAAAUGUCGAAAAUGAGGAGUGCAAAGUGCCAAAGGUUCAGAAAGAAGAAUAA